AUGAUCCUCCAUUCAGAAGAAAAAUACCUGCUCCCGACGUUAUCUGUUCCACACCAACUUUUCGAAAGGAUUUCGUAUUUUGGUGAAAAAUACCCAACUGCUAUUGCUUUGGUCAUCGAUUCAACAACCGGAGAAAUCUGCGGGCCAAUGGUAGAAGGCGAAUUGAGGUUGCGGGGACCAACGAUAAUGAGAGGAAGAGUGAUCAUCUACUGGUUGACCGGUAAGAAACCUGAGAGUAUAUUGACGGUCUCGCACCAUUCUAUCGAGUCGAGGCCCCGGAAUCGGAGCCCGAGGGCUAUGGCUGCAAUA